AUGACUGUAUUUCCCAUAACAUUACUCGUCAUUUUAUUAAUGACAAGUCAAUAUAUCAAUGGUUAUCCAUCAACAUUAUCAAAAGGUACAAAGAAUAAUCACGCAAUAAAUCUACGAUUAAAACGUAAUUAUGAAUAUGGUCAACAUCCUCAAUUAACAAAUAAUUAUAAUGAUGAUACACCAGUUAAUUAUGAUGAAUAUUUACCAAAUAUUUAUUCGAUUAUUCAACGACCAAAUCAUAAACGUUUAAUUGACUUUUAA